AUGACGAGCGUGCGGCCACUUGUCCGAUUUCUUGUCACCUGCCGCCUUGGGCUACUAGGCGACGCUGCACUUGCUGAGCUAACGGGUUUCGCCCAGAUGGAGAGGUUCGAUAUGCGAUCCACUCUGGUUCCGAGCAAUUCCCCCAUUCAUCCACUACACUUCCAAGACGCGUGGCAAGCAAGCGAGCCCAUGCGUGUGGAUAUCUACUACAAGGUCCCUGUGUAUGGAGAAGGAGACUUGCUAGACGCACUCACAAAAGCAAACGACAAAGCAACUCUGCUGUCCGAGCUCCAGCAACAAAAAGAAAGAGAACUUGAAACAAAGGAAUACUUGCGUUCCAUCGCAGAGAGAAAAGUUGAUGGCAUCAGACGACGCCUGCAGAUCGCGAACAAGCUCAGGGAUUGA